AAUAAAAGGAAACGCAGCUCAAAGCCCACAAAUAAGCCAGAGACCCUUGUGAGGAACUGCUCAUCACUUCCCCCUCCCUUGCCCAGAGCUGCUCAGACACAGAGCGAGAGAGAUGGCUCCGACAGCAGGGCCAAUCUUGGACCUCUCUUUCUUCUCUAUCUGCACCAUCUUCAUAGCCCCUCUGAUGAAGUGACGAUCUUCUCACACCUCGACCUUCUUCUUCUUCUCUGAAUGAAGGAAGGAAGGAAGGAGGAGGAGGAGAUGGAGGCAAGUUAUCAGACCCACCAUCAUCUUCUUCUUCAUCAACACGCCCCGUCGGACUCUCAACAAGAAGAGCAAGAACGACUCCAAAGCUCCCUCCUUUUCGACGCCCUUUACUGCUCGGAGGAGCAUUGGGAGGAAGAGGACGAAGAAGAGGAAUUAGCGAGCGACGGGCUUCUGUCCGGAGAGAGAGAUCACAGAUUGUUGAGCCCCCGAACCUUGCUCGAUCAGGACUUGCUGUGGGAAGACGAAGAGCUGGCCUCCCUCUUCUCCAAAGAGGAGCCGAACGGCGCGGGCUCGAAUCUGGAAAGCGACCCGGCUUUAGCCGAUGCUCGCCGCGAGGCUGUGGAGUGGAUGAUGAGAGUCCACGCGCACUACGCGUUCUCCGCCCUCACGGCUCUGCUCGCGGUGAACUACUGGGAUAGGUUCAUGUGCAGCUUCCCUUUGCAGGAAGAGAAGCCGUGGAUGACUCAGCUCUCCGCCGUUGCUUGCCUCUCUCUCGCUGCCAAAGUGGAGGAGACCCAAGUGCCUCUUCUCAUUGAUUUCCAAGUCGAUGACAGUAGCCCCGUCUUUGAGGCGAAGAACAUACAGAAAAUGGAGCUCCUGGUGCUCUCGUCGCUCAAAUGGAAGAUGAAUCCAGUGACCCCACUGUCGUUUCUUGAUUACAUGACGAGGAGACUUGGGCUGACGGGCCAUCUGUGCUGGGAGUUCCUUAGAAGGUGCGAGCACGUCCUCCUCUCUGUAAUCUCAGAUUGCAGAUUGACGUGUUUUCUUCCUUCAGUGAUAGCUGCUUCCACAAUGCUGCACGUAAUCAAUGGCCUAAAACCUCGUCUGGGUGUCGAAGACCAAACCCAGCUCUUGGGAAUCCUAGGAAUGGGCAUGGACAAGAUCGAUGCUUGCUAUAAGCUCAUCGACGACCGCGCAUCAAGAGGCCAGAAUUAUCCACACAACAAACGCAAGUUUGGCUCAGUCCCCGGGAGCCCCAGAGGAGUAAUGGAGAUGUGCUUCAGCUCAGACAGCUCCAACGACUCUUGGGCCGUGGCGGCGGCGGCAUCAGUCUCCUCCUCCCCGGAGCCUCACGCCAAGAAGAGCAGAGCCGGCGAAGAAGAAGCCGAAGACCAUGCGAGCGCGGACAUCUUCAGCUUCCCUCACUGAGCGCUUCUUUCCCGGUUCUGGGUACCAUACUCUUUAUAUGUUGGAAAUAACAGUUCAUGUGUUCAUGCAACGCGCAAGUUAAAUUGCCAACCAUCUCUGGGUUCCACAGCCUGAUAAUCCCACACACAGAUGGUCGAAACCAAAUGGGAGUUUGCAACAACUGUUCUCAACCGGGAUUGUUGGGCUUUUGAGGUUUGGAAUGGAGAUGGUUGGCAUUUUAUCCGGAUUAAAAAUGUUUAGGAUUAUGAACAAAUGAAGAGAAGAAAUAGUUGGAGGAUUAUUUGCUGUU